UCCCAGAACUCCCCGAGUGAGGGACACGGCAAUCUCGAAUUCCCGAUAUCCAAAAUCUGCAACAGGGUCUGCAAGAGUGCAAGCGACACAAGGAGGGCCGCCGCUUCAAGCCCGGACGCCGCCGCCUCAAGCCCGGACGCCGCCGCCGCUUCAAGCCCGGACGCCGCCGCCGCCUCAAACCCGGACGCCGCGCGGUGAGGAAUCCAGUUACUAGUUACUACUGUCUACUGAAGGGCUGAACCAGUUAACCAGGUUGGUUCUUGGCGUGGAAGUUGGUGUUGGUUCAUGUUCCUCUUAUCCAAGAAAUCUUCGGUUUGAGGAAGAAGCCCUUCAAGCCCAAACCAGAAAAUCGCAGGCGAUUCACCCAGUUUUACAACGCCCUCAAUUCUUCAAAUUUGGAUUAAGGGAGUAUUAUUAUUUAAGUAGGUGGUCAUAUAUAGAGGUUUCUCACCAGAUGUGCAUUGUAAAUCCUGUGCAGCACAAUGUCAGACUGAUAUUUCAAUACAUGAUCAUCAAUUUUUUCAAUUCCUUUAAUGAGUUUAGAGACUCCCAGAAAUGCCCACGUACCCCAAAGAAUUCUUUCAAUGAACAAAAUCGAGCUCCUUUCUGGUGAUCUUAUCCGGAAUAGAAACAUUCUGCUUAGCAGGGGCUAGAAGAACAAUUACAAUAAACAUCAGUGCUUCAUACUUCCUGGUUUCAUCUUGAUGGUUUAAUUUAAAUCUUUAUGAAUGAUCUUCAAAGACAGUCUUUCUAAAUUAAUCCAAUAAUUCUUGAUGGUCACCUACCGUAUGUUUUAUUUCAGCUAGAAGUACCCAAUGUCUUUUAUAUUGCCAAGAAAGAACAUGUUAUCAACUAUGAUUGAUAUGGAAAAAACUUGCAAGAAAAGUUAUGUAUGAAGAAUUGGUGGUCGACUAAGGUAGAUUUGUGUUUGGUGAUCGUUGACCAAGAUUGAACUUUUAAUAAUGUACUUAGUUAAAGUAACUGAUACUUGAAUUAUUUGAUGAUUUUUGUGUGUUUACAUAUGUUUAAUGUUUAUUAUUUGCUUCAUUUACAGUGUAAGAAUAGUUUAAAAAUCUUAUUUAUGACAUAGUUGGAGUGUUGGACAUUGGCUAAUUGGUUUAGUAUGUGCAGAGUGUACUAGACUUUAAUGCUAAUAGAAGAAACUUAACCCAUUGAGCUAAAUGCCUAUACUAGUGCCCAUUUGAUAAAGUCAGUUCCUUGUUUUAAUCUCCUGGGAACUGGCAGGAAAAAGUAAUAAAUAAAUAAAUAAGGCGAGAGGUUAUGAAGAGGUAUGUGUUUUAAAUUAAGAGAAAAUGGUCGGACUUGGUUAAUUUUCAAAUCUUGAACAAUUAUUUUUGGUGCAGUACUCUCAUCUCUUUAAGUGUUCUCGUAUCAACUUUUCCCCUCAUCUUUUUUCCCUUGUUUUUUAUCCUUAUAUAUAUAAACAUUAUUUGUAUCCUUUUUAUUUUAUCAUUUUUAUGUAUAUUCAUCUCUUUUUAUAUUAUCUUUUUAUAAUAGUUUAUCUUUUUCAUCUUUAUUUUCUUUCUUUUCCUUUUGGUGGUGAUAUCAUGUAUUGAUUCAUGUUAGCUGACCCCAAUAUCUUUUGGGAUUAAGACUUGAAUGUUGUUGUACUCUCAAGUGUUGUAGAAACUAGAAAGGCGUUGAAGCAAUUAAAGUUGAUUAAUGGGUGAAAGAAUUUGAUUGCGUAUGUACUAUAGGUCUAGCAUAAAAUGGUCAACUUGGUCAACCAUGUGGAACAUGGCCAACAUGUAAAUUUUUUAUUUGUAGGAGUUUCUAAGAUAAAAAACAGAUAAUUGUUGAAUAAUUGAGAAAGAUGUAAAUAACAUUUUAGUUGGACUGAUGUUUCCGUUGCUUUAUUUUUAUUUUAUGGUCCAUAUGAUCAAUUGAAAACAUUGUUAUGAAAAUGUUGGAUUAGGUAUAAAACAGCCCAUCACGAUCAAAAUUUAGAUUUUUUAAUUACUAAUGUUUUCGGCAGAAAUGGGCUCCUGAAAUUAAUAAGAAGAGAUAUUUUCCAAACUAAGACUAAAUAAAGUUUGGAAUUCCAUGCUAAUCUUCUCUGUAUCGUUUCAAAACAGGACUACUAUGUUUUUCUUCCUGAAAUAGGACUAAAAUGAAGUAAUUAUUGUCAUUUUUUAGUCACGAUUGCUAAAUAGUUACAUUACUAUGCAUUCAACUUGACUAUUGAUGGACUCGGGCCGGGUCGGGCCCGGGACCGGGCCCGGUCGGGCCGCCGGGUAGUAUGACAUGGGCCCGGGACCGGCCCGAGGGUUGGACGGGUCCGGUUCGGGCCGGGCCACCCGCCCGGGUCACGGGUCGGGUCCGGUUCGGGCCGGGCCGGUUAAUUUUUUUUUAUAAUUUAUAUUUUAUAGUUUAUAGUUUUAUACGAGUAUUAAAAACAAACUUCAAUUGCAUUUAUUUGAAAUGAAAUAGGAGCUACAUUUGAAAAUUAAAACAAACUUUAAGAGAUAAAACAUUUUGAAAAUUGUAAUCAAUCGGAACUUCCCGCACCUCUCGAUCCUUUGGCUUUGUCACAUGACUUCAUAUGUUUGAUUGCCAUCCCGAAUCCGCCUGAAACCCCCAUGCUACAUUUUUUCUCACACCAUUUGCAAAUUGCGUACCAGAUCCCGGUCUUCGGGUCCUUCUGCUUAUCAAAAUUAUACCGUAUAAUGGCAUCUUGAUUUUCCAUCUUAAUUUCUCAAGUAUAAACUAUAAAGUAGAUAUAUAAAUAAUAAAUAUAAUAUAUUGGAGAAUAAGAGAAUUAGAGAGUAGAGAGUUAAGAAUAGGAUUUAGGAAGAAUUGGAGAAGAGAUAUGAAAAAAUGUUUAAGAUUAGGAGUAUUUAUAGGUUUUUUUACCCCCACCCCCCACCAUCCCCCCACCAGCCAACCCCCCCGGACCCCCCUUUUCCCCACCCAACGGCUAUAUAGCCGUUUGGGUUGUCCCCAGCCCCACCCCCAACGGCUAGUAGCCCAAAUCAAUUUUUUUUUUUUUAAAAUUAGACCCGGACCCGGGCUCGACCCGGCCGGGCCGGGUCACAAUAAUCCAGCACUGAGCCUGCCCCGCCCCUUCCCACCGGUUCGGGUCCAUACCCGGUCCCGGACCGCCCGACCGGGCCGGUCCCGGGCCCGCACAGUACCGGGUGGCCCGAACCGAAUCCAUCCCUAAACUUGACAGUAUUUAUUAUAAUUAAUGACUAUUUUUUCAUAACUAAACUGUCUGCGCUUCUUUGUUAUGGAGCAGCAGUCAGUCCAUGCAAUCUUGGACGCGAUUUUCACUAUGGGUCAUCCGAAAACAGUCUCUCUGUGCUUUAGUAUAGGGGUAAGACGGUGUACAUCCGACCCCCCCUUACCCCACCGUAGGUGGGAGCCUUUGCGGCACUGGGGUAAAUGAAAAUGAAAAUGAAAAUGAUGAAUGACUAUUUUUUCAAUCAUGAUCGUAUUUUUCAAUCAUGAGAGUAACGACUCCUAUUUCGAGAAGAAAAACAUAGUGAUCCUAUUUUGGAAUUUCCAAAGUUGUUUAGUCCUAUUUAGGUCCAUUUCCCAAUUAAGAAAGACCUUGUAAUUUGUAAUGUUAAUGAAAGAGUGAAAACAUUUGUUUUCUUAGAGCCCAUUUGGUAACAUUGAAAUUGAUUGAAUCGCUGAAUCGAUCGGUUCUGCUGAAACUUAUGAACUUAUCACUGAAGUGGAUGGAUUGGUUGAUUUUGUUAAUUUGUAAAAAAUUAAAUUUAAAAUAUUUUCUAUUAAUAAAAUGAAAAAAGUUAUAAGAAAAAUAGCUAAAAUAGACAAUUCCGACUAUAUUUUCUUAUUAUUACACAAUUCAACGUGUUAGAUAAAAAAUUACACGUUUGCUGAAAAAGUUGAUUUAUAAGUUUGAUAAGUUGAAAAACAUGAUUAUAAAAUGGACUCUUAAUUUUGACAACAUUUAUGAAAGAAAUUAUCGAUGAGUACUUUGAAGGAUAAAGGUGUGGAAUGCCUCGUGUGGUGGUAAUCGGAGGAAUUCAUCAUCUGAUUGCCUGUGAUGCUAGCAAAAAUAUGUCUGAGCCUCGAAAUGGAAAUGAUGAGAUCCUCUCUGAUCCAAUGAUUGACUUUGCAGUUACGACACCUGUCCCGAUACUAUCCAGUGAUGAAAAUACUUCUGAGGACAUCCAAAUGCUAAUCUUUUCUGUUUUAGGUCAUACAGAAUUCAAUGAGGAAAACAACAAAGGAUUUACACAGGUACAAAGAAGAAGAAACAAAUACACAAACUCAGCAGCUACAGAAGAAGCACAACUAUUCUACCACGUGGGAUAUAACUCUCAUCCAAUGAUCACCAGAAGUCACUCCAACAGACCACAAAAUGUGGAUGACUACUUUAUGUAUCCAGUAGAUCAAAGAUUUGACUCCCCACCUAAAUUGGCGGUGGCUCUCAAGCGAUUUAAAAAUUCACACCCAGAAGCGAAAACCUACCAGCCCUACCUACAAAAGGCUAUCAAAGUUUCAUAACAAGUUUAACAGAUCCAUUUCUGCAACACUUGGAAUUCCUUGGUCUAAUUUCAACUGUUGAUGUAUUUCAAUUUUCUUGUAUGGAUUAUUUCCUUUGUACUUGCUACUUUUAAUUAAUAAAAAAGGAGGUGUUCCUCGGCGCCUCCACCCGUGUGGUUGACCCGAAAAAAAAAAGGUGUGGAAUGCCUCGUUGUCGUUGAUGAUCAAAUUUGGUUUCUUAAUUUUGGUGGAGCAGGGGGUCUCAAAAUGUAUAACACGG